AGGAAUCAGCUGAUUGUCAAAUUUAUUUCCUAUUCAAUUGGAGGUUAAAUUUUGCUGAAUCAGUUUGGGCUUCGUUUAAGAUAAACUUGCAUUAUCACGAAAUUAAGUCGUAUACAAAUCGUUUAUUAUAGUUAAAACAAAUAUAUUUUUUAAUUUUUUGUAUUAAAUCAUGUCAAAUCUACAACAAGUUUUAUCAAUGCUUAAACAAAAUACUAAGGAACAUUACAAAGAAGUUGAAAGGCUUUUGGAGAAAGUAAUAAAUAAUAUAUUAAAAGAUCCGAAGAAUGUAAAACUUAGAACUUUAAAAAAAAGUAAUGUUACAGUAUCUCAAAAAAUUUUAAAGUCACCCGGUGGUGUGGAAUGUUUAAAGCUUAUGGGUUUUCAGGAGUCAGAUAGUGAUUUUACACUGCCCCUACAUGCACCUUUGCAACACCUAGAAUUAAUCAAAGAAAAUAUUAGUGUGGAGAAUGUUUUUAAGGAAACACCAGUGGAAAAGGUUUUACAUAAAGUAGAACUCCCUAAAUUUUCAUCAAAAUAUACCAAUAAGUUUUUACAAGAAGUUGAACAUAGAUUCCAUUUAGCUAGAAUUCAUGAUGAUGUAGCAUUACAAGAACAAGCUAAAGAACUUAUCCGUGAAGCUGGAAUUGAGGCUAAAGCUAUACAAAGUAUGAGAAGCAUCCAAAAAAAUGUUUUAGCAGGUGAUUUGGAAGAUCCCAACAUAAGCAUGCAAGAUGUAUUAUUAUCGGAGCUAUUAGCUUGGUUUAAAAAUGAUUUUUUCUCUUGGGUUGAUAGCCCAAAAUGUGAAAAAUGCGAUUCCCCCACAAAAUUUUCCCACAUGUCAACCGAUUCAGAACUUUUAAAAUACACGGAUAGAGUCGAAAUCCACAACUGCACUGUUUGCAACGCUUCAACGCCAUUCGCAAGAUUUAACGAUUUAAAUAUUCUUUUAGCAACGAGAAAAGGGCGCUGCGGCGAAUGGGCUAAUACAUUUACUUUAUUUUGUCGCGCAAUGGGUUGGGAGGCUCGUCACGUUUACGAUGAAACGGAUCAUGUAUGGACCGAAGUUUAUUCGGUAGCUCAAAAACGAUGGUUGCACUGUGAUUCAUGCGAAGCAGCUUUAGACACACCGUUAAUGUACGAAUCGGGCUGGAACAAAAAGUUGUCUUAUAUAAUUGCUUAUUCGGGUGAAGAUCUUCAAGAUGUCACCUGGAGAUAUUCAAGUCGUCAUAAAGAAGUUUUAUCCAGACGUAAAAAAUGUACCGAAAUCGAGUUAGUUAGCGCCAUUUGUAGUUUACGAAACGAACGGCAAAAAGGAUUAAGUGAAACUAGGAGGGAAUAUUUAAAUAAAAGGGUUUUAUGUGAGUUAAUUGAGAUGAUGGUUGAAAAGGAGGCUACUGAAAAAGAUAAAAAAGGAAGAACUUCUGGGUCUAUGGCUUGGAGGUUAAGUAGGGGGGAAACAAAACGGGAUUUUGAAGGAAAAAUAUGGAAAAUUAGUGAUACUAAUAUAUUUUCUUUAAAAUAUUGUACAUCUUUAGAUCAAUAUCUUGUAAAUAAUGAAAAAAUUAAAAAUUUCUCCGAUGGUGUUUUUAAGAUGAAUGGUGUAUUUCGUAAGGAAGAGAAAGAUUGGAGAAAUGCCUAUUUGUGCAGAGAAGAAACUGUGAGUGUCGGUUCUAUUACUUGGGCAUUUCAAGUUGAUUUUGAUCAAAAAUCAAUUGAUGAAAUUAUAAUUUAUUUUGAUUACACAACAUAUGAAGAUGGGAAUGUUACAGUUAGUUUAAAUAAUGAAAAUAAACGAGUGGAUUUUAUUAAAGGGCAAAAAGAAUUGAAAACGUUCGAUUUUUCAAAUUCUAAAUAUAUCGAAAUAACCGCUACAUUAACGGGAGGUUCCGGAAGCGUUUAUUGGCAACACGCUCAGUUAUUUCGACAAUCAUUAGAUAGCGAAAAAUUUCCUUUUACUGUAGAAAUUAAACUCAAGUAAUAAUGAUGAUGAAAUAAUAUUUUGUGAUUUUAUUAUUAGUAUUUUUAACUAGUAAUUAUACAUUUUCAAUAUUGAA